AUGUCGUCGCGAUAUUUCAAAAAUAAAUUCCCAGAUUUCGAUGGGAAUGCCCAGAUAGACAAGAACCGCGUCUGUGGUUUGGUGGAGGAGUAUGUGAAGGCAAUUCUCGCCAAUACAGGUGGUUCUGACCAUGAUUGCCGGGGGGAUUUGUACGUGGGUGAUGCCGGAAUUGCCUACAUGUUCUAUCGCAUUCACAAAUCCCCCGUGCUGAGAGAUAGAAUCCCCGGGGCCCUUGCACAUGCUCAGCAGUACAUUGAGAGAGCCCGCAACAAUGCACGGCACUAUGCAAAGAGAUCCGAUGAGAGGUGCGCCUUUCUCUGUGGCAAUGCUGGUAUUUAUGCUGUUUCAGCUGCCAUUGCACAGGAAGUUGGUGAUCAGACGCAGUGUCAGAAGGAUUUGGAGUGCUUCUCAGCUGGAUUUGCAGCAUGUCGUCCUGUGAACUUCAACAAGUACGGAUCGGAUGAGGUGCUGGUGGGACGAGCUGGCUUCCUCAGUGGUGUGUACUGGCUGAAGAGAACCCUCCCAAAGGUGACAUUUACAGCAGAACAAAUUCUCGAAAUUUGCGAAUCCACAGUGCAGAGUGGUGUGGAGUACAGUCACAGGAAUGCUUCUAUGCUACCGUUGAUGUAUGAGUACCACAACAGUGAGUACCUGGGUGCAGCUCAUGGGGUAUGCGCAAUCUAUCAUAUGCUCCUCAAUUCACCGUGGUUCGAAUCAUCAUCUGCUGCACCCAAACAUCUGGAUGUCAUUAAGGGGUCAAUUGAUGGCUUCCUGGCACUCCAAGAUGCCGAAGGAAACUUCCCCAUUACACUGGAUAAUACGCGCGAAAAACGUCUAGUUCACUGGUGCCAUGGUGCUCCGGGAGCUAUCUACCUUCUGGCUAAAUCCUAUCUCAUCUUCCAUGAGGAAAAAUAUUUGCACGCCUGCAAAUUAGCCGCGGAGCUGGUGUGGAAAAAGGGGCUACUCCUCAAAGGUCCGGGAAUCUGUCAUGGUGUUGCUGGGAAUGCUUACGUAUUCCUUGUGCUGUAUCAACUCACCAAAGAUCCCCAAUAUCUCUACAGAGCUGGGAAAUUUAUGGAAUUCCUCUGUGAUGGGGAAUUUCGAAGGAAUGCCCGUACACCUGAUCGUCCCUUUAGUCUCUACGAAGGUGUAGCUGGAACAGUUUGCUUCCUAGCAGAUCUUCUGGAACCCGAAAAAGCUGCAUUCCCCUUUAUGGAAGUUUAUUGAGCAAAAAACUAAAUAUGUAUAAUGGCAUUUUCUUCAUCAAUUAUAAUACAAACAUUCUAUCCCCAAAAAAUUAAAUUUAAAUUAUUUUUGUA